CACCGUCUCAACACUGCGUCUAUCGUAAGAGUCGGCGCGGACGGGACGGCCUGUAUUGGGCGCGCGGCGGCGCACCGCAAGUCUGGUCGCGCGCCGCGAGCCGCAGUCCCGGCCAGCGGUCCUCGCCGGCAGGAUGCUCGUCCUGGCGCGCCUCGUCCUGGCGGGCCUCGUCCUGCGAGCCGCCCCCGCCCCCCGGGUCCUGGACGGGGCGGACUACGAGCUGGUGUUCCCGCGCGUGGUGGGUCGCCGUCAGACAGGCGGCGGGCGCUGGAAGCGGGACGAGCCGGCGGGCGAUGACGUGAGCCUGGUGUCGCUCAAGGACUGGCUGCUGGAGCUGCGGCCCAACGCCGCCAUAGAGGUCGCACCCACGCUGGAGUGGCACUCGCCCGACGGCUGGAGCUCCACCGAGGUUGUGCGGCCGUGCAGCCUGCAGGUGGGUCGCGUGCGCGGGGUGGGAGACUCGCUGGUGGCGCUCGCGGUGGACGGCGACGGCAUGACGGGGCUGGUGCGGGCGAGCGGCGAGGCCUUCUUCCUGAGCCCGCUGCCCGGGUCUAGCGGCGGCCACGCGCUGUACCGCGCCGGCGAGCCGCGGGACCUGUCGCGCGACCAGCAGCCCCGCGCCAGGAGGCAGUCCUACUGGAGCAGCAACGUCUCCGAGGAGAGGCGGCCGCCGCACUCCCUGGACGACGUGGGCUACUUCCUGGACGCCGUCUGGGAGCGCGACAACACGCCUCAGCGCCACGCCGUGUCGGCGCAGAGCGCGCCCCCCAGGUGGCUGGAGCUGGCCCUGGCAGUCGACCACUCGGUCAUCAGCUUCCACGGCGCCGACCGCGCGCAGCACUACGUCAUCGCGCUCAUGAACAUCGUUAGUGCCAUAUACAAAGACUCAUCACUGAGCUCAAACUUGAAAUUGGUGAUAGUGAGGAUGAUCUUUUACCAGGAUGAAUCUCUUAGCGAGGUGCAGGAAGGCAACUCCAAGAGGUCCCUGGAGCGCGUGAACGCGUGGAACCAGAGACUGCUGUCGGGGCUGGCUCCGGACGAGCGCCACGACGUGGCCGUGUGGCUGACGCGCCUGAACCUGGGCGGGCCCUCGGGCUACGCCCCCGUGUCGGGCGCCUGCGACCCGGCGCGCAGCUGUGCCCUCAACAGGGACGAGGGUCUCACCAGCGCCUUCAUCAUCGCGCACGAGGUGGCGCACUUGCUGGGGCUGAGCCACGACGGCGACCCGGCCGCGGGCAACGACUGCGGCGAAGAGGCCAUGACGGGCAGCGUGAUGGCGCCCAUGGUGGCCGCCACCUUCCACCGCUUCAGCUGGUCGCGCUGCUCCUACACCGAGUUCCACGACAAGGCCGCGAACUGGAAAUGCCUCCUGAACACUCCUCGCUCAGUGAACGCCACGCACCUGAACUCAACCCUACAAGCCACGUACAGCAUGGACGAGCAGUGUCGACUGGAGUUCGGGGACGGGUACUCGCUGUGCCGCGUGUUCGAGCUGCCGGAGCCCUGCUCGCACCUGUGGUGCGGCCGCGCCGGCUCCGACGUGUGCAAGACCAAGAAGGGCCCGCCGCUGGAGGGCACGCAGUGCGGCGCGGGUCGCUGGUGCGUGGGCGGCUACUGCGAGCAGGUGGACCCCGGGGUGGUCCCAGGCCGGGACCCCGUGCUGCUCAACCCCCGCCACGGGGGCUGGGGUGCCUGGGGACCAUGGGGUCCCUGCUCGCGCUCCUGCGGGCCCGCCGUGCGCUUCCGCUCCCGGCGCUGCGACAACCCCAGGCCGGAGCACGGUGGCGAGGACUGCCGGGGCCGCGGCGAGGAGAUGCAGCUGUGCGCGCACCGCGAGUGUCCCGAGCCGCGCAGGGACUUCAGGGCCGAGCAGUGCCGGCGGCUGCCCGCGCUCGUGCCGCACGCCUUCAGCCGCUGGCUCGCCCACACCUGGCUGCCCCACGAGCCGCCCGCAGCAAGCAAGAAAUGCCAGCUGAUCUGUGUGAGCAAGGAGACGAAGAAAGUGUUUGCCACGGGAGAGAACGUGGUGGAUGGCACUCGUUGCUCUUAUGAUGGCGGCACCAACAUCUGCAUACAGGGCGAGUGCCAGCGGAUGGGCUGUGACGGUGUCCUGGACUCGCCCGCCCAGGAGGACUGGUGCGGUCUGUGCGGGGGCAACGGCACCGGCUGUGUCAACGUCACCACCACCUUCCACCGCAAGCUGAGGCGACAGGUGACGCGGGUGGCGGUGCUGCCGCGCCUGGCGAGGAACGUGCGGCUGGAGGUGGACGGCGAGGUGGGCCUGCUGCUGAGGGACCGGCGGCGCGGCAAGCAGUACUCCCUGGACGGCGAGGCGAGCCUCGUGGUGGAGGGCGCGCGCUUCCACCACCUGCCCGGGGCGGGCCGCCACGCGCUCUGGGCCGCCGGGCCCUUGCUGCAGGAGCUGGUGCUGUCGGUGGUGGUGGCGGCGGGGGACCCGGCAGACGCGGAGGUGCGCUGCACGGGCAGCUACACGGUGCGGCGGCAGCAGGAGGCGGCGGCGCGGCGCUACGUGUGGGCGGAGGGCGGCUGGGGGCCAUGCUCGCGCAGCUGCGGCGGCGGCCGGAGGCAGCGCACCGCCGCCUGCCGGGACACGCACACGGGCCGCCUGGCGCCGCGCGGCCGCUGCUCGCUGCUGACCAAGCCGGCGCCCGCGGCCGCCCGCUGCAACACCUUCAGCUGCGAGUUCCACUGGCGCCCGGGGCCCUGGGAGCACUGCAGCGCGACGUGCGGCUCCCGCGGCUCACAGUCCCGCGAGGUGUUCUGCGUGCACGGGCCCGCCAGCACAUCGCCUGGGGAGAACCCGGAGCCGUGGAGGGGCGCCGCGGACCCCCGGCUCUGCGCCGCCGCCCCCAGGCCCCCGGCGGAGCGGCCUUGCAACCGGGAGCCGUGCCCCGUGCGGUGGCUGCCCGGCGAGUGGUCGCAGUGCUCGGCGAGCUGCGGCGUGGGCGUGGAGAUGCGCGAGUUCCGCUGCCCGGCGCCGCGCGGGGAGCCCUUGUUCGACUGCGGCGCCUCCCCGCCCGACCAGCAGCGCGCCUGCCGGGGUCGCCGGCGCACGGACCCCCUGUGCCAGCCGGCGGGGGGCGCCUGCCCACGCGACGCCUCCAGGUACUGCCGGCUCACGUCCCUGCUGGGCCGCUACUGCGCCGUGCCCGGCUACCGCCGCCUCUGCUGCAGGACCUGCCGCCGCCUCAUGGAGUGACUUCACUCUUCUGCACCUUCCGUCUGGAACCGUUUCUCAACCACGUUUGGCUAAUAAAGAAUGUAGUGCAUU